CUCUGACUGCCCACCCCUCCCUCGGGUAAGAGGCGAAGCGUGGGAACGGGAUGGGGGAGACGAAGCCGGAGGGAGCGCGGUGGCGGCUGCAAGGAGCGCACUGAGCUGGCACCGGGGAACCGCCGCCACCCACUCGCUCAUUCACACGGACGGGAAGCGGAACUCUUCCCCCGUCCCAAAACCGUUCUGUUUGGAGUGGUUGUCUGGAGGGUCCGGCAAGCAUGAAGCGGGCGCACCCGGACUACAGCUCCUCCGACAGCGAGCUGGACGAACCCAUCGAAGUGGAGAAGGAGAGCGCGGACGAGAACGGAAAUUUAAGCUCUGCUCCAGGUUCAAUGUCGCCAAACACCACUUCCCAGAUCUUGGCAAGAAAAAGACGUAGAGGCAUUAUUGAGAAGCGUCGCCGAGAUCGGAUCAACAAUAGCCUAUCUGAGUUGAGGAGGCUGGUGCCUAGUGCUUUCGAAAAGCAGGGCUCAGCCAAAUUGGAGAAAGCUGAAAUCUUGCAGAUGACAGUAGAUCAUCUGAAAAUGUUGCACACAGCAGGAGGGAAAGGCUAUUUUGAUGCUCAUGCUCUUGCGAUGGACUACCGGAGCCUAGGUUUUCGCGAGUGCUUGGCUGAAGUAGCCCGCUACCUUAGCAUUAUAGAGGGGCUGGAUAGCUCUGAUCCUCUUCGUGUCCGCCUUGUGUCUCACCUGAAUAAUUACGCCUCUCAGCGGGAAGCGGCAAGCAACUCACACAGUGGGCUCGGACAGAUUCCUUGGGGCGGUGCUUUUGGACAUCACCCUCACAUCUCCCAUCCUUUAUUGCUGCCUCAGAAUGGGCGUACCACUUCAAAUGGUGCAGCGGCUUCCUCAGAAGGCCAUCACCAGAGCAGAAAUGUGCCUCCUCCCCAUGUUGAGUCCUCUUCCUUGAGACUGCCCCCUAAUGGCGCCAUUGGACCAGUGCUCCCUGUGGUCACUUCUGCUUCUAAGCUCUCCCCUCCCUUGCUUUCUUCUAUGGCCUCCUUGUCUGCAUUCCCCUUUUCCUUUGGUUCGUUCCACCUAUUGUCUCCUAAUGCUCUCAGCCCACCUGCCUCAGCACAGUCAGCCGGUCUAGGCAAACCCUACAGACCAUGGGGGACUGAGAUUGGAGCUUUUUAAGAACCAGAGUUGUGUGUGUGUAUGUGUGUGUGUGUGUAUGGGACUGUAUAUAUAUCCAUCUGAACUGUGGAGCUUCCAACUUCAGUUUGAACACUUUUAACAGUUUGGUGUAAAAGGUACAGUUUCAGUUUUAUCAGAAUGUAUCCAAAAAAAAUUUCUCUUCUUUCUUCCCUUCCUCAUCAUUUAUUAUGGCAGACUGAAGGCAGAGGCUUAUCUAAAUCUUUGAAUCAUAUAGAUGUUAAUUUUAAUGAAUUAUGCUGACUACUGUAUUAGUCAUGUUUUCAAAUGAUCCCAUUUGUCUGAAAACACUGGUUUAAAAAAACCCUAGAAUUUCUGUCUAUAUUAUAUAUUAUUUUUCUGUGUCCAGGACAUUAUUUUUCUGUGCCCAGGACUUUAACAUACAGGUUGUUCUGCAUUGUUUGAUUGUAGAUCUGAAAUGUUUUUAAAACAAAAUACUUUGUUAGCGAUGUUCUGACUUCUAUAUUUCUGAACAAAACCAUUGACAAAUCAGAUGAAACCACUGUACUGAUUCCAAAAUACAUGCAUUGUUGGCUUGUUUUAUUUCCCAGUAUAACCCAUACUUUGAGCUUUUUUGUGCUGAAUUAUUCCACUUUUCACGCAAACUAAUUCUUGCAAGAGUCGCAAAAGGGUUGAAAUUUUUAUCCUCUGCCCAUUUUCUGCUUCUGCAGUUAAGGCCAUUAAAUGAAUCAGAUUUGCUGCCUAACUUCAAAUAAUUCAUUUUCCAUUGGAUUUAGUGUGCCUUUUAUUCGGCGAUCUCAGUUGGAAUUAAGAUCACUAAUUUAAUUUGAAACCAUUACAGUUGCUUUCCUAGUUUUUAUAAACAGAAUGUUUGUAACAUUAAAGUUUUUUUUCAGUCUGGGUUUUUGAGAAUGAGACAUGAUGGUGCUGCAUUACCUAAGUCCUAUUUCCCAUUUAUUUAUGAAAAUAUCUUAAUGAGAUACUGCAAUUUACAUUGCUAGAUUCAGCCCAGAAAUCUAAUGGUUAAGGGAUUGGUGACCAGUUAAGUGAACAAUUUAGAUAGCAGCUCACUCCAUGUGAUUAUUUUUAACAUGCUUAUAGAGCAGGACAUGAGUCAUUCCAGUAACCUUUUCCUGUUCUUCCCAAAUUCCUUUUGUUCGUCUCAUACCUUGAAGUCCUACUUAUUGACUCCAAAAACCAAGAUGGUUUGACGAACAGAUGAGAGAUCAGUUACUUGGCUUCUGUCUCACUAGUGUAAAAAUAAAACAUAAUCUCUGUGUUACACUUUGUCAUAAGUAGUCUUGGAUAUAACAAUGGGAACUAUGCAAGGGUACUGUCAUGUUGGGUUCUCUUCAACAUGCAAUUUAUCUCCCUUGGAAAAGAUACAAGGAAAAAAAUAAAGAUUUCCAUUGACAGGUUAGUUCUGCUGGUGAUCAGAGAAAGUUGGUUACCUCAGUUGUAAAUUACAGAACGAAAAAGUUUGAGAGCAUCCUUUGGAAAUUUAGUCAUUCCUGAAAAAAAUAGGAUAGGGCAUAAGGUAUAAUUGGCAAGUUUUGAGAAAGUUGAAGGUUUUCUUUAAUCUCUCAGCAAUUCAGAGCUGAAGCUUUAUUUCAGGACUUCUCAUGUUUAUAGUUUGUGGUUAUUUAUACAUUUAAUGCUCUAUAACAUCUUGAAUUUGAAUUUUUCAGUCCAUAACAAAACUAUACAGGAAAAUGUAACAUAUCCAUUUAAAAGUACAAGCAAAAUGAAUACUGUGAAUAAUUUAAAAGAGAUUAUUUGUAUAAUGGAUCCUUUUCACAUAACCAAAGCUUUUGCAUAAUAAGAAUUUAAGCAUUUUACGUGGGAUCCACAGAGCAGAUGAAUAUUAUUACCAACAACAAAAAUAAUUACUCAAUACUGCAGACUCCUGUUUCUAUACAAAAUGUAUUCACUAAACUUUGGAAAGAGGAGUUAAACAAAAUAAAACUGAGGGUAUUAAAAAUGAUUUCCUCAGUUUGGAAAGGACUGUUGUAUAUAUUUUGGACUGGUUUUAUAUUCUUUAAAGAUGCUCAACAGAGUUUCACCCAGUUGAACUUGAAUACUUUUGUACUUGUGUUGUGCCUAAAUAAAAGAAUAAGAACAAUCAA